AACAGGUUGUUAGAAGUUCAGAAACAGCAAUGAGACAUGACGGGAGAUGACGAUGAAACUAACCAUUUCUGAUAAACACAGAUUCCAAUAUGGAUAAUAAGAAGGAACAGGAACUGAAAAAGAACUUGGAUUAUUUGUGUAAACAUUUGAUUACUUCAGAUGACUUCUACAGUGCCUGUAACAACGAUGGUCUCUGUGAUUAUGCCACAAAACGAUUUAUCAAGGAGAAUGCCAAGAGCCAGGUUCAGGAGAUUGCCACCUUCCUACACAGCAUGGUGCCACUGGGAGGGGUGGGGCUCACCAAGCUGGUCACCGUCAUCAAGAAUACCCAGCAGGACUCGGAGCAACACCUCAGGCAGAUGAACUCCGAAUUUCUCACAGAAGCAUGGGAGCGCCAUCAGACAGUCAUCAUCAGGAUCCUGCUAAGCAUACAGUUACGGGAAGUAGAGGCACGACUUUCAAACAACAUGACAACAGCAGUUACACUUCACACAUCAGAAUCUGGAGAUGAUAAAAAGCUAGAUGAGAAAGCCUUCAAAAAACAAGAAAUGGUACUAAGGCAGAAGAUCAAAAUGCAAGAAGAAAUGAUACGCCGACAGUACAAAGAAAUAGCCAAAAGUAAAGAGGACGCCUCAAAUUUCAAAGAGGAGAUAGAGAGCUUGAAAGUACUUUUAGUACAGACUGCUGCCAAAAUCCCACCCCCUCCGCCACCAGAGCCCGAACCUGAGCCAGAGCCAGAGGUACCUGAUUCUGAGCCUGAAAUGACAGUUGAAAUACAACCUGAGCCAGAACCAGAGCCAGUUAUAGAACCAGAGCCAGAGCCAGAGCCUCAGCCUGAAUAUGCAGAUGCAGAAGUCGGGACAGAAUAUGUCCAAACUUCAGAAUCUGAAGUCCAGACUGAGGAAAUCAUAAAGGAAUUCAACAGUGUGCAAUCACAAACCACUGCAAAGUUUGUGGAGAUUGACAAACUUCAAAAACAAAUAGAUGCUCUAACAAAGAAAAUAAUUCUUAUCAAAAACCAAGAACUGCCUUUCAGACCAAAACCUGAGGCAGCUAAUAGGUUCCCUAUUGCAGCUCUUCCUGGCAGAAGUUUUGAAAUGCCAAGCCAAGAGCAACAUGCACAACUGGGGAAUCUAGGUAGCCAUACUGACAGACCUAAUCUCAUCCAGUCCAACAACAAAAUGAGACAAGCUAAAUCAGCCCAUCCAGUCCGAUCCAAGCCGUUCUUACCCCUGUGUACACCCCAAACAACAGAGAGACACAAAAUGACCCGCAGAGUUUCAGAAAUAGGUGCUGUGAUUUCCCUGGAGAAAUUCACUUUUAAUUUUCCACCUGGUGCAAUGAAAACAGAGGCAACUGUGGGCACUGCUGAAUACCAACCCACCAUGUUGCAAGUUGAGGAGCUGGCGCAUGGAGAGAUGUUUGAUCAGAUCAGACCUGGACGGCGAUUCACUAUUAGCAGCAAUCCUGACACUGAAGUUAAAGAAAUCAUAGUAACCACAACAAUUCCUUCCAAUCCAGAGUUUGCUCAAUCCCAAAACGAGUCACUAGUCUUGCACAAGUCCAGGAACAGAAGACGGCGAAUGUCUGACGGUGAUAUCGAACCAUUUGAGGAUGUGACAGACAAGUGCCAUUCACAAAUGUCAGAUUCUAACAAAGUUGAAUAUACCAUCCAAGACUUUGGUGACUACCAGGAGUACUGGGUGGUCCAAAUGGAAAAAGACAAAGAGACCAUUCGUAAGCUCAGAAAGAAAUUGAAAAACCUGAGAAACCUUGGUGUGUGUAUGUGUGACUUCUCUGCAUUCCUGCCACAGGAGAUUCCUGUGCGCACCCUGACAAUAGUCUGCUCAAACCAGGAAGUAGAAAAGAUGGCGCCACUGUUAAGGAAGUACCACCAGGCUCUGCUGAACUGUGGUUACCAAGCUGGCAGGCUCUGCCUCCACCAUGAAGAUGCCCUCAUUUUCAAGGAUGACAACAACGCAGAACUGUUAUAUUGUAACAUAGACAUGCAGCGUGUCCGAGGCAAAGGGCAGGAGUUUAAGGUGACCCUAGAAAAGGGAAUCUUGCCAAAAUCUAUCCAAAUUGACCGAGUGACGAAUGGAACGCAGAUGACAGCAGCUGUGUUGGAAAUUGCUACAAACAAGCGAUCUUUCCAUGGUAGAUCCAGUACAACUUAGCAGUGUCAAUUCAACUGAUAGCCCAAAUGUAGAGCUGAACUAAUUAUCUCCACUUGAAUUAGUAAAAUAUGAAAUAACAUGAAGUAGAGACGCACAUAUUGAUAGAUUAGUUUGAUAAAUUGAUGGUCUAGGGUAUUUGUUUGAUAAAUUAAUGGUCUAGGGCAUUAAAUGUGAAAUCUUGCUCACCGCAGUGACUGAAAGUCACAGUAAAAAGGGUGCUAUACGUGAUCCAUUCCAAUUAUUGAUCUCUAAAUUGUGUCUGGUGUUUGAGUGUUUAUUUAUGUGACCAUGAGCCACGACAUGAUGGGAAAUUAUUUUAGAAUAUGUCAUUUGUAUCUUAAAUUUUGUCAAAUGUUCAUUUGUGUGUAUUAACAACCAUGUUAAGACAUAUGGGGAGGGCAAAAAUGAUAACAGAUGCAGUUAGGGUUAUUUAUUUUACACAGUGGAAAUAGGCUAGCCAUUCAGUUUUACCUUGAAU